AUGAUUUUCUUUACGGUGGUCUUAUUUUUGGGGUUAACAAUUAGUGGUGCUCUCGCUUGGGAUAUUGUUGAUUCAAACCAAACAACUGCUUACCAAUAUAUCAACCUUGUUAGAUGUUUAAAUGCAAAUGAACCUACUUCAAAUACAACUGUUGGUUUGGAUUCGGAUGGCAUCUUAUUUUUCAAUAUUAAAGCACAAGAUGCUGAGCAUUCAACUUAUGUUUUCGAUAGAUGUUUGAAUCAAAAUGCAAAUUCAACAAUGAUUCAUUAUAUUAUCAACGGGGAUCAAAAUGAAACAAUGAUUAAUGCUACUCAUAUUUCACAAAUUCAAAAUGGUUCAGAAUUAUUUUCAAGUUGUGGUAAACCAAAUUUCAUAACUGAUGAUGAUGAAUCAAAAAGCUUAAACUUAACUAAAAGACAAAAAUAUUCAAAUUAUUAUGAAAUGAAAGUUUCAGGUACCACUAACUGUAAGGAAUAUGAACAAUUUGAUUCUUUAACUGAUGUCUGCUAUGAUAACCAUGAUGCACCUUCAUUCAAAGCAUUCCAUCUUAAAAAUCCAAAUCAUAAUGCAGGUUUAAAAUACGUUAUUUGGGAUAGUCAUCAUGAUUGUAAAGAUGGUAAUGGUCACACAUAUAGUAUACCACCAGGUUCAACUUCUUUAUGUACUAAGCGUGAAGUUUAUUCAUGGUUUGCUACGUUAUCUGUUGAUGAAUGUUAUGAACAUCCUAAAAAAUGUACUGGUGUUCAUGUUGAUCAUAGUUGGCAAGGAACUUAUAAAUCUGGGGAAAGAAUGACAUAUUCACAUCCUUAUUAUCCUCACUUUUAUAAUGGACCAUAA